GGUGGGGCUGCUUUUUUGGAGUGCCUUCCUUUUAUAGUAAACACCAGUUGCUGUUGCCCACCCCUCUGAUGAGAGAGAGAGACCCACAGCUGAGUAUAUAAACCCUCGAAGCCUGCCUUGACUUUUGUUCCUCUGGCUUGCUGCCUUCCUGCUGCUAUCCCGCCCAGCUCCUUCACAUCCCAUCAUCAUGGCUCCUAAAAAACCAGAUCCCAAGAAGGAGGCUGCCAAGCCUGCCGCUGCACCUGCCCCUGCUCCGGAACCACCAAAAGAACCAGCCUUCGAUCCCAAGAGUGUGACCAUUGAAUUCUCUUCUGACCAGAUUGAAGAGUUCAAGGAGGCCUUCAUGCUUUUUGAUAGGACCCCAACUGGAGAGAUGAAGAUAACAUACAGCCAAUGCGGGGAUGUGAUGCGAGCCCUAGGGCAGAAUCCAACCAAUGCCGAGGUGCUGAGGGUGCUGGGGAAACCAAAGCCAGAAGAAAUGAACACAAAGAUGCUGGAUUUUGAGACCUUCCUCCCAAUGCUGCAGCACAUUGCACGAUCCAAGGACCAGGGGACUUUUGAGGACUUCGUGGAAGGGCUGCGUGUCUUUGACAAGGAAAGCAAUGGCACUGUCAUGGGUGCUGAACUGCGCCAUGUGCUUGCUACUCUAGGGGAGAAGAUGACAGAAAGUGAAGUCGAGCAGCUAAUGGCAGGGCAGGAAGACGCCAAUGGCUGUAUCAACUAUGAAGCUUUUGUCAAGCACAUCAUGUCUGGUUAAAGGUGGAAUCCUCAAAGUGCUUGGGGAGGGCAGAGAUUCCAUCCAGCAAGAAUUCCUUAUCCGGUGUCCCUUCUUCCACUCUUAAAAUCUUCAGGACAUGCCUCUGCCAAAGGAAUCUGUGUUACUACACUAGAACAACCUCUGUAUAUAAAAGAAUGCAUGCUCCGGCAUCGAUUUUAAAUCUUAA